GAAGCGAUCCCACAAUUCAGCAUUAAAGGAACAGGAGUGCUCAUCUUAAUGCCAACCUUACCUUAUUUUCCCAUGUUGUUUAGAGCAGAGACGCAACACACCCAGUUGUGCUUGGACCCCUUCCAAAUUUUUCUCCUUUGGCAGCAGGAAAAAUUGAUUUCAGUUUGGAAAAAUCUUUCAUUCCUUCCAGGCCAUUGGACUGUCUUGUUCACAUGGAAAGGAGAAAGUACUGUUCCAGGAGCCAACCUCUUUUUUCAUUCUCCCUUUUCUCUUUACCUGCUGGACUUUUUUGGGGGGGAUUUGUUUAGCGGAGCUGGCCUUGAAAAGAUCACAGGUAUCUUCCGCCAGCUCUUCGGACCUUCAGGCGUUGUGGCUGCAGAGAAGGGCCAAUUAUUUGUGAUGCAAGAACAUUCUGGCAACGUGCUGAGGAAGAACGAGGGAUAAGAGAUUAAAACAGAAGACCUCAGUGACUCCUUGCAAGCGUCCCUGUCCUCCAGAUCAAGUCACCUAGCCCAGGGCAAUCCCAUGAUGCCCGGAGGACAAAUUCCUGGGAAUGUGAAUUCUCUUCAUACUUUGCAGCAACUUGUGCAAGUUCCGGGGCCUAUGCAGUCUGUUCCACUAUUCCUGCUUUCUCAAAGCCCAGCAGGACAACAAGCUCUCCAGUCAAACCUUCUCUCCUUUCCUCAGCAGCAAAGUGGGCUUCUGCUCCCACAGCAUGGACACAGUUUAGCAUCUCAGGCCAUGGGACGUCCUGGACACCCUGGGUCAUCGUUGGAGCCUCACCUGGAGGCCCCUCAACACUUACAAGUGGCCAAACACUUGUCGUCCUCCAUGGCAACAGAUGAAGCCAAUGAUUUGGAAGAGCUGGAAAAAUUUGCCAAGACUUUUAAGCAGAGGCGCAUCAAACUGGGGUUUACGCAGGGCGAUGUGGGUCUGGCUAUGGGGAAACUCUAUGGAAAUGAUUUCAGUCAGACCACCAUUUCUCGCUUUGAAGCUCUCAACCUGAGCUUCAAGAACAUGUGCAAGCUAAAACCACUUCUGGAGAAGUGGCUGAGUGACGCAGAAUCCUCCCCCUUAGAUUCGUCCGUCAGCAGCCCCACUUCCUACCCCUCUGUAAGCGAGAUGUUUGGACGCAAGAGAAAGAAACGAACCAGCAUUGAGACCAACAUUCGCUCCACGCUGGAGACACGGUUCCAGGACAACCCCAAGCCCAGCUCGGAGGAAAUUUCCCUGAUUGCGGAACAGCUGGCCAUGGAAAAAGAAGUGGUCCGAGUCUGGUUCUGCAACCGAAGGCAAAAGGAAAAACGGAUCAGCUGCCCAAUGCCUUCCCCCAUGAAGUCACCCCUCUACAAUUCCAGACUGGUUUCUACCUCAGGAUCUUUGGGUUCCCUUUCUGCCCACAGUUCCAUGCAUGGCGCAGUGUCUUCUUCCUGUUCUCCUGGCCAUGCCAGCCGGUCCUCAUCACCUGGCGCAGGACUUCACGCCAACAAUCUCAGCAUGCCUCAAAGUAACUCUAAAGUAGCCAUUAAUUCGUCCAGUUUCAAUUCUUCUGGAUCAUGGUACCGAUGGAACCAGCCUACUUACCUCCAUUAAAGCAUCACUUGGGAAGAGCAUCCAUAGCUCCCUGUUUUUUCUCUGUAGACAAAAAAAAAGAUAAAGAAAUUGGGGGGAGACAUCACCUCUUUCCACGGAUGACUCCUCCAGGAGAUGUUUUCUCAGGCAAACGUUUGGCACAUUGGCAAAAAUGACUUUGUGCAUGGCUGGAUCUCCCGUCGAUAGACGCAAACCCCGAACUCUCAAAGAGACUCAAGCUACAAUGGGUUCCUCUCUCAACCCGAGAGAGGGGUGUCUGUGUGUGUGUGUGUGUGUGUUGUCUACGUGUGUCCUCUGUUUAGCCCACCAGCUUGCCAGCAUCUUCUGCAGAAAAGAUGUCCCUUUUAGGUCUAAACAGGCCCUUUUCUAAUCUGAGCCAAGGUUGCCCAAAUUAUUUCAUUUAAGGAUUGAAUGGUCCCCUUGAACAGCCCUUUUGAAGUCCAUUUUUUUUUUUUUAGCAAGGGCGUGGGGGAAGGGGGUUCUAGAUGCACGGCAGGUUUUUGUUCUGCAGGUCCAUCCAGGUGAGAACUCGUAGCCAGGUGAGAUUGGGAAGCAAGAGGGCUAUCACCCCGAUGCGGCAUCUCUGUGCUUCAAUGGGGUGGCGCACUGACCUGGUGCAUUGGGGUCCCUGCAGUGCAGAAAGGUGGAGAUUUUAGCCCCAAAGCAUUUGCUUUUCUAAUGUUUGGGAGGUGGGGCUAUAGAAUAAGCAGUACUCUGUGUGUAUAGGUCUCUCUAGCACAAAAGGUCUUUCCCUCUUGCUUCUCAGCAAACCCAGUUUUGUUUUGUUUUUCACGCACAAUGCUUCAGAUGCAAGGAGAAAACUUAGAACUGGCCUCAGGGCUUCUUCCCCAGGACAUUUUCUUUCUUUUUUUUUUUUUUUUGGGAGUACACUCCUGGGAGAAGAUGUAAUUGACUGGACCAUAAAGAUGUCUCAAAUGGGCCCGUCAGUUUCACCCCAUCCUUCAUGAGGGGAUAGGAACUCAACUUUAUUCUCCAGGUUCUGGCUUUCCUUGCGGGUGUCUUUCCACUUUUGCAAAUUUGCGAAAAGCUGCUUUUAGAGUGAGAUGCUGCUGGGGAGAUCCAACGUGAGAUGGUGAAGACUGGAAAAGAGGUGGGGAAGUUACGGGAAGGUGGGGUGGGGGAGAAGAAAGAGAGAAGGGACACGAAUUCUUUAAAAAAAAUAGCUGAAGGUAAAGACUUAAGGAGCUGCUUAUCUUCAGGUCUCCUGUAGCUGCUAUUCAUUAAAACUUCAUGCCGUAUCAACCUUGCAGGAGAUGGCUAGAGACUUCACACCUUUAAAACAUCCCGACAUUGCACUGCCAUUGUUGUUUCUGGGAAGUUGGGGGCUGGGGGGGGGCUCUUGGCUCCUCUACAGGGUGACUGGGAGUGGGGGGAAGAGGGCCCCUACCCACACUUGCAAUUGUCUUGCUUGUUCCUUGAAGAAGUAAAGCUGAGUUGGAUGAUUCUCACUCUUGGUUUUUUAUUUGAGUUAGUUCUUUACCAGAGAGGGAAAUGAGGGUGAGCUGGAAAAGUCUGCAUUCUCCCCCCCCCCCUUCUCCAAUUGUAGAUUGAUCCAGAUGGCUUUUCAGCCUGCUUUCCGGAUUUCUUUUAAAGGAGGGAAGAAUUUCGGAUACAUUCUCCUAGGUCAGUGAUGGCAAACCUAUGGCACGGGUACCAGAGGCGGCACUCGGAGCCCUCUCUGUGGGCACACGUGCCGUUGCCCCAGCCUUGCCUCCCCUCGCAACCCCCUCCUCUCCAGCA